AAGCCACAUGAUCAGUGUUUAGCAGGCGUUUUCAUUGACUGAUAUGGGAUUUGUUUUUGAACCUAUCUAUGUCAUGUAUGCCUCUCGCUCUUGCAAACUUUGCUGACUAAUUGGCACGUGUCUUCCUCAUUCUUUGGACGAGGACCCCUCCCGGUCACAUUACUCACAUUCUGCUUCCUGGUUUCACUAUCAACGUUUGCGAAUGACAAGCCAAGAGAAGAGCCAAGCUUGUGAAUCAGCAAGAUGCAAGAGUGACUCCAUGGCAAAUAUGUCCUCUAUCAAGAUUGUUGAUUUAUACUCCCUUCUGAGCUUCGCACUGCUCAUCUCUAAAGUGCAAGGAAAUAAUGAGAGGCCUAUAAUAGGGAUUAUAACCCAGGAGGUGUCGGAUGAAGUAUUCUUCCAGUAUGGGAAAACCUACAUUGCAGACUCUUAUGUGAAUUAUUUAGAGUCCGCUGGCUGCAGAGUAGUUCCUAUCCGGUUGAAUCUGAGCGAAGAUGAGUAUCUCUCCCUCUUUCACUCCAUCAAUGGUGUUCUUCUACCUGGAGGAGCUGUUGGUCUUCUGACCUCUCAUUUUUCUCGGACAGCUGGAAUAUUCUAUAAACUGUCAAUUGAGGCUGCUUCUUCUGGAAUAUAUUUCCCUAUCUGGGGGACAUGUAUGGGAUUCCAGAUCCUCACUGCCCUAACGACUGGAGAGGACUUAUUAAGUAACACAUCGGCUGAAAACAUAUCGCUUCCACUAAACCUCACAGAAGACAUCUCCUCCAGCAGAAUGUUUCGGCACAUUCCUCCAAAAUUACUCCAUGCUGUCACCAGAGAGGACAUAACUGCCAAUUUCCACCACUUUGGCCUAACCCCAGAGGUUUUUUAUGCAAACAAGAAGCUAUCUGAGUUUUAUCGGAUCCUGUCCACAAAUCGAGAUACGAAAGGAGUGGAAUUUAUUUCAACUUUUGAGGCUCGAGAUUACCCUAUCUAUGGAGUGCAGUGGCAUCCAGAAGUGAAUCGCUUCCAGUGGAACCGGGACUAUGCCUACCCACACUCUGAAAAUGCAAUAUGGUUAUCACAAUAUAUGGCCAACUUCUUUGUUAAUGAAGCCAGGAAAAACUCAAAUCACUUUCCAAGUGCUAAAGAGGAGGGAUCAGCUCUGAUUUACAAUUGGACACCAACAUACACAGGGAAUAUCAGUGGCUAUGAGCAGGUCUAUUUCUUCUAGCCACCAACAGGGACACCGUUUGAAUAAAAAUGUAUAAAGUUAAAUAUAUACAUAGCAACAUAUAGAUUUAAACAUGUGAACACCCACAAUGCCUUCCUAGCUUCCCCCCUGGGACACUUACCUUUUGUUCCCUUGCUUUAUGGGUGCUGUAAAAAGGACUGGUGCUUUUGUAAUUGAAUAAAGAUCUUGUACUUGGUCUGGAAGCUGAUAUGAUGAAGGUGGGUUCCACCCAAGGUGAGCUCAAGAAUUGAACACUUGAUUAUUAUAUAAUCUUCACAUUUAUGCAAUAUUAAAACCAAAAAGCAAAUAUUUA